AUGGAACCGUCAGACACUAGCAGUCGCGAGUGCAAGGAAAGAACUUUCUCAGCAGCUGGAUCCAGACGAGAGCAUCUGCAGCCGUCGCUCAGGGGUUUGCAUGCACUGCUUAUCAGGGCUGGGUUCUAUAGAGCCCCGCUGCCCUUUGCUUCCCAGUUCCCCUCCAGCUUUGCUGUGUGUCUCUUAUCUAUUUAUUUAGGCUGCUCGGGGGCUCAGGGAAAAUUCGCCUACAAGCUGCUCCACGACUUGUUUGCCAACUACUCCAACGCUCUGCGACCAGUGGAGGACACGGACCGGGUGCUGAACGUCACCCUGCAGAUCACGCUGUCCCAGAUCAUCGACAUGGACGAGAGGAACCAGGUCCUGACUGCCUACCUAUGGAUCAGGCAGGUGUGGGUGGAUGCCUACCUGAGCUGGGAUAAGGACGAUUACGAUGGGAUCGACACCAUCCGCAUACCUAGUAGUUACGUAUGGAGACCUGACAUAGUCCUAUAUAACAAUGCGGACAACCAGUUCACAGGCUCCAUGGAGACCAACGUGGUGGUCCGCUACGACGGGCGGGUGAUGUGGGACUCCCCCGCCAUCACCAAGAGCUCCUGCAAGGUGGAUGUCUCCUACUUCCCCUUCGACGGGCAGCAGUGUCGACUGACCUUCGGCUCAUGGACCUACAACGGCAACCAGAUCGACCUUGUGAAUGGGCUGGACACAGGCGACCUGACUGACUUUGUGGAGAACGUGGAGUGGGAGGUGCUGGGCAUGCCAGCCAAGAGGAAUGUCAUCAUCUAUGGCUGCUGCUCGGAGCCCUACCCCGACAUCACCUACACGCUGAUUCUCAAGCGACGCGCCUCCUUCUACUUCUUCAACCUGCUCCUCCCCUGCGUCAUGAUCUCCUUCCUGGCCCCGCUGGGCUUCUACCUCCCAGCCGACUCUGGGGAGAAGGUCUCCUUGGGAGUGACAGUCCUGCUGGCGCUCACCGUCUUCCAGCUGCUGGUGGCAGAGAGCAUGCCGCCCUCCGAGAACGUGCCGCUGAUUGGAAAGUAUUACAUUGCCACCAUGACCAUGAUCACAGCCUCCACCGCACUGACCAUAUUCAUCAUGAACAUUCACCACUGCGGCCCAGGAGCCAAGCCCGUGCCCAAGUGGGCCAAGAAAUUCAUCCUGCAGUACAUGGCCCAGCUAUUCUUUGUCUAUGAGGUGGGGGAGAGCUGCAAAAGUCCCAAGCGGCAACUGGGCCACCUGCCCACAAUCCAGGUGGUGAGCGGCAGGGCUGCCAAGGAGGAGCAGAAAGCCCAGACAAUGGAGGAGAACUCUGAUGCAAUGGGCCGGGAAAAGUCUUUGCAGCAGGAGUUGCUGCCGCAGGGGCUCAGCAGUCUCUCUGGCCAGCAGGACUGGAAAGAGACCGGGACACGUACGAACCCAGAGUGCGGCCAGGAGGGGCAGCAGCACCAAGUCUGUGUGAAGAGCCCGUGCCUUUGCCACCACAACAGCCUGCUGAGGAAUGUUGAGGACAUUGCCAACUGCUUCCGGGACCAAAAGGCAGCUCAGAAACAGAGCGGUGAGUGGAAGAAAGUGGCCAAGGUCAUGGAUCGCAUCUUUAUGUGGAUCUUCUUUGUUAUGGUUUUCUUCAUGAGCAUGCUCAUCAUGGGCAAAGCCAUCUGAAGAGCCCUCGGCACGCAACGCCCGCUAGUUAGCUAGGACCUUUCCUCUUGCCCUGUUGGAGCUGUGGGUGCACAUGUGUGGGCAGCCUGGGAUGGUCCAUCCCGGGGCUGCUGUGGAAACCAUUGCACAGGAGGUCUCACUAAUAGCAUAUUCUCCUAGUUCCAUAGAGAUCUAUUCUUUGGCAAUCCUAGAACCUGUCUUCCCCCAUGAGGAUGGCACAUGUUACUGCUGCAGCCACACAGCUGGUUUGAAA